AUGGCUGUACCAAUUACCGGUUGCAAUUACAUCAUUCCCAGAAGCAUCAUUGAGACGGCGGGUGAUUUCCAGUGUGGUAAGGUGAGCCCAUUCGAUCCAAACGAACCUGACCCCUCCAAACACCACUACCAGAUGGUGGGAGCACACAACCCCAGUAUUCACAGAUCAUUCGCCUGGGACACAGGGCUUAGCUCGCAGGAAUGA